UUUUAACUUCUAUUUAUACAUUACAAGCCAGAAAAUGCUUGGUUAUUUUGAAACUUCAACUAAUUUGUGCUUUCUCUGCUGGAUUUACAACUUGGGUUGGUUAAAUCUGUUUCGAUCUCUUUAACAAGGGCCUGUUUAGACAUCUCUUGAAAGAAAUUAGGAUUUUUUUGGAUUUUUUCAGAGGAAUCAAUGAUACAAAUCCACCUUAUCAUUUGGAUUGGGUCACAAAACAGGAAACACAUUGGGCAGGCUCCUGUUUUCUUGAUUUUUCUGCUCCAGAGCAGUUGCUUGCCUCUCGACGUGCUAUUGCUAAUAAAACCAUUAUCCUGUGCAGACAACAUAUGGCUUGGACUCAUGCAUCAUGGGAGAAGUUUGCUAUAUCAUCCCCAAGUUGUGGAAUGUGAGUUGCUGGUGGUCCCUGCAAGCGAAUUACCAUACGAGGGACAUGACCCAGUUGAGACAAUUGCAACAUUUCUUAGCUGUGUUAUGUUUGCUAUUGGAGGAAACAGUGCUGGUCCUGGUCGGAAUAUUGUAUUAGUAUUGCAGUUUCUUUCUUCUGUUCAUAUUUUGAGAUCAUACCUUUUUGUCAUGCAAUAUAGAAGGGAACUGAUUUAAGGCAUUUGC